AUGGCCGAGAAAUACCUCGAGGCUAAGACGUUUGAAGAUGUGCAGGAUGGAGUAGUCACUGUGGACGAUGAGGAGGUUGUGGCGCAGCAUUUCACCUUGUCAGACCUCACGUGCGAAUUAUGCUGCAGAACUAUUGAAGAAGCAGUACGCCAACUACCGGGUGUGGUCAAAGUCACAACUUCGCUGCUGGUAUCUUCAGCUACGGUUGUAUAUAAGAGAAGGCUGCUCGGACUUUGGAGAAUCCAGACAACUAUCCGAGACACUGGCUACGGGGCCUCAGUCAAGCAGGAUGAUACGGAACUCCUGGACGUGCUCUCCAGAAAGUCUAAAUUGGAGCAACUGAAAGCUGCUUUUCGGGGUGCUGCUAUUUUAUCGGUGCUUGCCUGGUCCUUCCACUAUGCAAUAGCCUCAUGUGGCGAACUCGUGAGUAUCGAGUCGGCAUCUUCUCUCUACAUUCUCUUCUCUAUCAUCCCAGCAUGGUUUGUACAGCUAUGGUUUGGUCGCAGCAUACAUAUUGGUGCUUGGUGGCAUGGUGACAAGACCAACAUGGACACACUCCUAAGCAUCUCUGUACUUCUAGGAUUGGAGAUCUCUUUCGCGGAUCUCGUGUUCGGAGCUGGGAGUCUCAUUGAGCGAUCCCGUCGCUCUGAUAUGAUGCUUCAUACGAGCAACGCUUUACUUGUCACGGCGGUCCUUGGAGGACGCUGCCUUAAUCAAGCUCUCCGAGCGAAAGCAACCUCAAAGAUCAUUGCUCUCCACAAAGUCCGAUGUACCGAAUCGCAUGUUAUACUUCUUCCCAAGAGGACCAGCCAGCCGGUAUUUCUUCUCCAGCCUGGCGACAAGAUCUUGAUACCAGCUGGCUCCGUGGUUCCAUGUGACUGUUACAUCACUAGUGGAACCUCUGCUGUCGAUACAUCGCUCUUGACGGGUGAAGCAGCUUAUCAGACCAAGCACCCUGGCGAUCUUAUCAUGUCCGGUACCACAAAUCUCUCGUUUACGCUUGAGGCAGUGGCAACUCAUCCACCUGAGAAAUCCUCGUUGUCGCGGCUAGUGGAUGCUGUGCGGGCGUCUUCGUCCUCUUCGGAUAACACCAGAGGCGACAUGAUACCGGGCCUGACGGCUGUCAUAAGCUACUUUGCCAGAGUUGUCAUGACCCUUGCCGCGAUAUGUUUCUUUGCUACUGGAAUUACUUCGCUAUGGGCUAGCGAGGACUUGAUGAGGGCCUGGGUCGCUGCUACAAGGAGGGCCAUGCUGAUUCUUUCUGUGGCCUGUCCUUGCAGCCUGGGACUUGCGACUCCCGCAGCUACAAUGGCAGGAAUCAAUGCGGCACUUCGGCAUGGCAUUUUAGUCAAGGGCGGCCUGGAAACCCUUGGCAAGUUGGCAACCUUGACACACAUGGCUUUUGACAAAACCGGAACACUCACGCGAGCUGGGCUUGAAGUAUCAGAAGCGAAGUUUCCUGAUGGCAUAGACAUUCAAGAUCUUUGUCUAUUGAUCUGUGCUGCCGAAAAGAACGAGCACACCAACCAUAUUGUUGGUCGAGCUCUCUUUCGAUGGGCGUUUAGUCAGCUCGAUGAAGCAAAGAGAAGACAAUUCGAAAUUAUGGUUACCCAGGAUUCUACUGUCAAAAUGGGCAAAGGGGUUAUAGCGAAGGUCUCUCUCACGGUUGGGGAGGAGUCGACGGAGGUCGUCGUUGGGAGCUUGAGAUUGCUACAAGAGAGGGGGAUGCUGUCGGAAAAGACAUCCUUUGCUGUUGACCAAACGUCCACUCAGGCUGUUUACAUUAGUGUCGGCGGGAAAUAUGCUGGUCACUUUGUCCUCGAGAAUAUUGUUCGACCGGAGACUCAUGAGACUCUCAGCAGGCUUCGUCAACUUGGACUAGACGUCAGCUUGAUCACCGGAGACAACAAAGAGGAAGCCGAGCGAGUUGCAAGUAUUGUGGGCGUUUCCAGCGACCAUAUUACUUCAGAAGCCUUACCUUGGGACAAAGAAACUAUUAUUCGGAACAUACAGCGCCGUGGUGGCGCAGUUGCCAUGGUAGGGGAUGGCCUUAAUGAUCUUGCUGCUCAGUCUGCCGCGGACGUCGGUAUUGCAAUCUGUGCAGGACGAGACAGCGGCGAUCUCGGGGCCGCCAUGGCCUUCUCUUCAUCGUCAGAAGUGACUUUACUUUCCGGAGUAGAUUUGAAAGGUCUGUACGAGGUCAUUCGAAUUGCGAGGAAGACUAUUCAGCAAGCCCGGAUCAACUUGAUCUGGGCGUUGGCAUACAACGCGGUUGGCCUUCUCGCAGCGACUGGUUUCCUAGAGCCUUUUGGGAUUAGACUGGAUCUCUACAUGACAGGAAUGAUUAUGGCAACCUCUAGUGUGAGCGUGUUAUUUCUCAGCCAGCGCGUUACCUAA